AUGAGGGGAAUAACGACCACCAACGCCGUCAGAACAAUCCGAUCGCGAUCGCUUCAUCAUGCGAGGAUCCCGCGACCGCUUCUCGCCCACGAUCCAACCAAGGAGCGAGUUGUCAUUUUAGGAUCGGGAUGGGCAGGGUUUACAAUUUCACGGCAUCUGGACAAGAAGAAAUUCCAAACAGUUGUUGUUUCCCCCCGAUCUUAUUUCGUAUUUACACCCUUACUGGCGUCUACUGCUGUCGGAACUUUGGAAUUUCGAAAUACGCUCGAACCAGUCAGGGGGCGCAAUGCCGGGGUCGAAUACAUACAAGGGUGGGCUGACGAUGUCAGCUUCGAUCGCAAAACCCUGACGAUAGAGGCGCUGACCAGCCAGCCGGGAAGUGGGUCCCACGCGGACAAAGCUGGCGCUUCUGGUCAGGGUGAGUUGUUCGAUAUCAAAUACGAUAAAUUGAUCGUGGCUGUCGGCUGUUAUAGCCAGACGUUUGGUACUAAAGGCGUCAGAGAAAAUGCUCUCUUCCUGAAAGAUGUCGGCGAUGCAAGAAGAAUUAGGAGCUUUGAAACGGCUUCGUUGCCCACAACUUCGGAAGAGCUAAGAAAGAAUAUUCUCAAUUUCGCGAUCGUUGGUGGUGGGCCCACUGGAGUCGAAUUCGCUGCGGAGCUAUUUGACCUAUGCCAUGAAGAUCUUAGUCGACUGUAUCCAACUUUGAUACCGUAUGUCAAGAUUUCAAUUUACGAUGUCGCCCCAAAAAUUCUCCCAAUGUUCGACGCGAAGCUCGCAACAUACGCAUUGAAUCUUUUCAAAAGAGAUGGCAUCAAAAUUAAGACGGAGCACCACAUCCAAGAGUUACGACCGGGCCUACCUGGCCCCCCGGGCGAAAAUUUAAAUACUGCUGGAUGUUUUACCCUUACGACUCAUCAAGAAGGCGAUAUUGGAGUGGGAAUGUGUGUCUGGUCCACUGGCUUGAUGAUGAACCCUUUCGUUCAGAAGGCCUUGGACUCCGUCCACAUAUAUCCGGAAUCCUCAGCGAUACCCAAUCUGCCUGAAAAUGCGCCAGAUCUUCCGUCAUCUCUCAAAUGGUCUCUCAAGCGCCACUCUAAAACAGGUGGUUUAAUGGUCGAUGAUCGCUUUCGAGUACAGCUCGUCGAGUCGAACUCAGCAACCGAAGCCACGGUAGUGGAUGUCUUUGCUGUCGGAGACGUAUCCGUCAUGGAAAAUUCACCUCUUCCUGCAACUGCUCAAGUCGCCAAUCAAGAAGCUCGGUGGCUUGCAGAACACUUAAAUACUGGAGAUAUUAACUCCCACCGUUUCUCUUUCCGGAACCUCGGAGUCAUGACAUACUUGGGCGGUAUGAGAGCAAUAAUGCAAACAGGUGAACGUGAGAUUAAAGGGCGGACAGCAUGGCUCAUCUGGAGAGGAGCUUAUCUCACGAAAACUUCGAGUUGCCGACCGGAGGGUCGUUCAGACUCCUAUGGUGUGAAUGGAAGUUCGAGGAAGUGA